GUAUAAAGGUCAACUGACCACAGUCCAUUAAUUAUUCUCUGAUGGAUGUUGUGCCUUUUGCUCCUCCGUCUCUUUGUGCUCAGGCAAACAUAUCAUCAGCGUCUUCUCAGCGGCGUCAACCAUGCUGGAGCAACUCAGUGAUUUGAUGGAGGCAGCCCCGCCACUACCAGUCGUUGUGCUAGCUUGCCUCGGUGUUUACCUCAGUGGCGUGUCAUUAUACCGACUUUACCUUUCCCCGCUUUCCCGUUUUCCAGGCCCCAAACUUGCAGCACUCACGGGUUGGUACGAGUUUUACUACGACAUCAUUAAAGACGGCCAAUUCUACUUGAAGGUACAGAAGCUGCAUGAAAAAUAUGGCCCCAUCAUCAGGAUCAACCCCUGGGAACUCCAUGCCAGCGACCCAGUGUUGUUUUCUCAGAUCUACUCAUCUGGUGUCAAGCAUCGUAUCGAGAAAUAUGCCUGGUCUCAGCAAGGGCUGCGUCUGAUUGACAGCUCCCACAUUCUGACCGAGUCGCAUGAGCUACACAAACUGCGACGAAAGCCUCUUGCGACAUUCUUCUCUUCAAGAAACACUGAUAAUAUGGAGCCGAUUAUUUGGCAGAUCUCACGGCGAAUACGAUCGAGACUCCAGAAGCUUCACCGAUCAGGCUCGGUGGUCAAGAUGGAAGACCUGUUCACGGUCGUAUCCGCUGAUCUGGUGGCCGCUUUCAGUUUUGAUGAUGCGGCAGAUUUGACGGAGACUGAUGAACUACAACUUCCGGGCUCAAUGUAG